AUGACUGAUGAGAUAGUGAAUCCCAACGAGCAUCUGAUCAUCCCCGAUUGGAUCAACGAGAAGUACUUUGAGAAGGUGCUGGCUCAGGACGAACCGGAUCAUGUGAAGGUCCUAAAAUUCACGCCUGUGGCUGCGAUUCCACCAGGCGAGAACUUUACCUCGACCAUGCUGAGGAUCUACAUUAAAUUAGAAAUGAAAGAUGGCACUAUCAAAACCAAGACAUACAUCUUCAAGACAAUGCUUCCGGAUGAGCGUGGAGGCAAUGAUAUCAACCAGUUUGGUCUUUUUCCCAAGGAGGCCAAGAUGUACGAGACCUAUCUCCCGGCUUAUGAGAAACUUUACAAGGAUGCCGGAUGGGAUAUACAAUUGGCGCCCAAGUGCCUGCACACUGAGGAGCGGAAUGGGGACAUCCACUUCAUCUUCGAGGAUCUGAGCGUGAAGCAGUUCAAGAAUGUGGAUCGUACAAAGGGCCUGGACAUGGAUCACAUGACGAGGGCGCUGCACAAAUUGGCAGAGUAUCAUGCAGCCAGUGCAGUGUACGAGGAGCAGAAUGGUCCCUAUCCAAAGGAAUUCCUUGAGGGAUUUGUCACUCGAGAUGUUAAAAAGUUCCACGUAGAUGGCUUCAAUCUCAAGGAGAAGUCCUUCAAGAAAGCCAUGCUUACCUGGGGCAUGCAGGACGCUGAGAACUACGUCAAGGCAUUUCCCACCACGGAACAGUAUUGGGCCCAGUGUCUCAGUACCUUGGACGUGGAUCCCAGUGAAUUCAAUGUCCUUAAUCAUGGCGACUUCUGGUCGAGCAACCUGAUGAGCAGCUAUUUCCCUGAUGGCAGCCUCGACAAGCUCAUUCUCAUCGACUUCCAGAUAACUAUGUGGGGCAGUCCGGCUAAAGACCUGCUCUUCUUCAUCAUCCUGUCGGCUGCCACGGAUUUGCGCUUGAAGGAGUUCGAGAACUUUGUAAGGAUUUACUGGGACCGCCUAGUCGAAUGCCUUAAGGUGUUGAAGUUCAAGAAGCCUUUGCCUCAGCUCAGGGAUCUUCAGAGUUCCAUGUACAAGAAGACGCACUCCUUUUACGCUUUCUUCAGUCUCUUGAAUCACCUGCCCAUAAUCCUAUUUCCCACCGACAAGGACAGCAAUCUGCACAACUUGAACGCGGAAACAGAAGAGGGAGAAAGCCUUCGACUGCGUAUGCUCUCCAAUCCCGCCUUUGGGAGCGUCAUGAAGGAUCUAUACCCCUUCCUCUACAACAGAGGUAUUCUGAACUACGAAGAUUACGAUGUGUGAUGUGAUAUUUGUCAAGUUGAUAGCUGCCAAUAAAUUGUAGAUAAGUAAUA